GGAGAUUUGUCCUGGGUUGUGGAUGAAGUUACAGGAUGUAGAGGUGUCUCAGGAUGGGGGAGGGAGGAGAUACUGUGUGGAGAAGUCCCACAGUAUGUGGGGUAACAAAUUGGGAGAUUUCCUGGAGCAAUUGGAAAGGGACAGAUUGCAAGGAGAAAGGGGUCCCAGGACUUUGUACAGGGGAACAGUGUGUGCAUGUGUGUGUGUGUGUGUGUGUGUGUGUGUGUGAUCACUCGAGGUAUCGGGGAACUGUGGGCAUCACCUAGCUUUUUCCUGGUAGAGAAAGGAUUAUUAGGCCUGAUGCAUCUCGGGGGAAGGUGUAGACCACAUAAAAGUUGCAGUCACCCUGGCCCCAAUUCUCAGACUCCUUCAUUGUGUGGCUCCAGCCCCUGAACUGUGGUGAUACCAAGCCAGUUGGGAUUCCUCGUCCAUGUACCUCCUCCCAUCUUCGUUUUGUAUCUUGUCUCUACAGCCUUAGAAAUAAGGAAUCUUGGACAGCUGCCUUUAUGUUCCUUCACAUGUAUCUGUCUUUAAGCAAGUCCAGUCUACAAAUGUUGGGUUUAUUCAGAAGCUUAAAUUAGGGAUUUUUUUUUUUUUUUAACCUGCAUUUCCUAGUUGAUUUACUAUGGGAUUCUUUGAGAGAACAAAUUCUCCAUUUAACACUAGUCUGUUUAUGGAAAAUCAGCUUAAUUCAACUAAUGUUGAGUUAAAUUGUCUACUAUGCUCAAAGCACUUAUUGUGGGAAAUAUCAGAGAAGAGCAAGACAAGGCCCUUACCCUCAAGAAACCUUGUCUAGCUGGGAAGAUGAGACAUAAACCUGUGAAAUAGGCAACGUUUUUGGGGAAGAACUGUUGGCUGAUAACUAGGCUUUCACUAUUGUUCUGCGCUCUCUGACAUGAUGGGACCAGGCAGACCAGCUUCAACUUGUGUUAAUCACGCGUCUAGUGUCCAACUAGAUGGGAGGAGUGACCCCUGGAGACCUCAGACCCAGAACCAGCUGCAAUUUAAUACGAAUGUUCCUACACAGUCAAGCAACUUAGCAAUCCGGUAUUCUUACCCACAUGCAAUUAAAAUAGAAAAACUGAAGCACUCCCACACUGAGUCAGACCACUAUAAAGAUUUGGAUUUUGGAGAUGGUCCUGAUCUAAGCAGGUCUGUUUCAUUUUCUGUCGUAUCAGAAGAGAGACUUAGCUAUGCUGUCCACCUUGCCAAAAGAGAUAUUAAACGAAGACACUUUGAAGAACAUGUAAAAAAAUACCAUCUCACAAGUCAAUCCCAAAUCUCUCAGAAAUGUGGAUGCACCAAGCAUACGAAAUCUGACCUUGGGGUGGAAAGGAAGGAAAUGAAAGAAGCUUUUCAUUGCCGCCACCAGCCACCCAAAGUAGAAAUUUCCAGCUCAGGUGCCAAGGUAUACGUAUACACAUCUCAUGCAGGACAGUCAGAUUUGACCAUGCCAAAUUCGCCACCCACCCAUGACCCAGGACUGCGGCCUCAUGGCAGGACAGGUGACCACAAAAGCCUAUGCGAACACAGAAGCCUGCUAGAAGUUCAGCGACUCCAGAAAAUAUUGAACAAUUGUAUCCAUAAAAUCGAAGAAGUAACAAAAGAUAAAAUGGAAGAAGCUUUGGAUCCAGAUGAAGAACGGCGAAUCCGGGUCAGGAGGCAGGAGCAGGCUGUUCGCUCUGCCCGGACGCUCUACGUCCUCCAGCAGCAGGUUAGAGAAAUCCAGGAAGAAUUGGAUAAAUUGAGUCCACAUAAUACUAAACACACUAAGAAGUCAUGGGCAAUGUCCAGGCUGGCAUCUGCCUAUCGAGGAGCCAUUCGAGCCUUACAGAUGUUUGUCACUCAGUUUACGGACCGAGGGGAGCACCCAGUUCCUGCUCAGUACAGGGAACUGGGCAGUCUUAUCCGCCAGCUCUCACUCUGUUCUGCCAAGAUGGAUGCUGAUUCUUCCGUUUCUGAUGUGGUGAUAGAUAUCCUGCAACAAAUUGAGGCUUUGGAAUCCCUCUUGGAAAAGAAACUGUCACCACAAAAGGUGAAGAAAAAUAUUACUGAAAUUAGCAGCAGAUUUCCUGUUGAUAGUCCAUGGCCCUUGGAGAGAUGGCAGAGUGCAUUGCCAAAGAGCGAGAGGAGACCCUGUGUAACGAAGAAGAUACUUCCAAAGGAAACAAGACAACCUUCAGUGGCAAAGAAGGUUCUUGCUGAUAAAUAUCCACCUGAUGAAGAGCUUCUGAGGACCCCGGGGUUGGAGAAGGAUUUUGAUGCAUUAGUUGGGGAUCUCCUUCCAGAGGAAGCUCUCACUGUUCCAGACCAAAAUGCAAGCUUCAAAGAAGAACCAUUAGCCCCGGCAAAAACCAAAGGAGAGGGGAAGAGGCCUGUGACUGACAUUGUGAAGAAAGAGGCUCUGGCACCAGCAAGAUCCCAGCAAGGACUUCACAAAGCUGAAAAAAGUAGACCAACCCAAUAUCAGGGCAAAAGCAGGCUGCAUCAAACAACAGUUUCAUCCAGAUUAAAAAUAAACCAACAGCCUGUGAAAGACAGUAGGGCUCCUUGGAUACCUCCAAACCCCACGUCCCCACAAGCAUCUCCUAAAUGUGCUGCAUGGCUGAAGGUGAGACCCAGCCCCAAAGAUGCCACGAAAGAGCAGUCUGUCGAGCAAGAAAGCGCUCCAGAGGAAAGUCAGUUGGGAGGAGCUGUUGAGCACGAAGCAGUUAGACUCGCUUGGCUUGAUGCAGAAACUUCCAAAAGAUUGAAGGAACUCGGAGAAUUAAAAGCUGAGGAAAUGGACAAAAUGCAAAAUCAGAGAUGUUUGAUGCAGGACCAGCAGUGUUGCAUCUACCUAGAAGUUGUUAGAAAAGCAGAAUCUCAAGCCUCAGUCAGACCAACCGAAUCAGAUGUUUCUGCUACCCAGUUAGCAGACAAGGUAGAGAAGACAGUCCUGGAGCGUUUGAAGCCUCUGCUGGCACAGGCUCAGAGAGUCAAUUCUUCUGUGGGAGUACAUACUCAUUCGAAGGAUGGACCAUCGGUAAACACAGGGACAGCCCAGCCUACAGAGGAGGCUACUGCUCUGGAUUGUAAAUCCAACAGCAGUCCUCAGCUGGACGAUAUUUUGGAAGAUACCACUCGUGAGCCCCGAGCUAUGACUCCUUCUAAGAUAUUGGAGCCUGACGCUUUAGCCACCUCGGGGGACAGCCUGUAUCUGGAGAACAUGCUGCUCCGAAUGGAGGAAAUGGAAAAAUACCAGGAGACAGUUCGCCAAAGAUAUAAUAAAAUUGUAUAUACAGAUCCUCAACUUUGGAUGCAGGAAGAAAAAAAUGACCAAAAACGCGCAGCAGUAGGUGAAGGACCCCUUUCUCCUCACCCAAUCAGGAUCACAAAGACAGUAGCCAGCAAGGACCCAGACGUGCACAUCGUGUUGGAAAGGCCCUGGAAUGACAAUUCCCUGGAUGACAGUGGGGGACCAGAGGAGAAAUCGGAGGAAAGAGAGGCUCCCCUCCUCUUUCCUUCGGAAGAUUCUGAGCAGAGAAAGGAUCGGACUGCCCUCCUGGUCCCCCCCGGGAUGCGACGCAGCAUCGGAGACUACUGCAGCCGCUACGACCAGUACCUCCGGAUGGUCUCCCAUGAGGCCGUGGGCUCCUUCAAUCCGUGGCUCAUUGCUGAAAGCUUUUCAGAGGAGUUGGUGGACGAGGCGCUGGGGUCCGUGACUGCUGAACUUGGGGACUUGUGUGAAGGUUACGCAGAAGCUGUGUUCACCUCGGAAUUCCUAGAGGCUGCCACCUGAAGGCUCCGCGGGAGCGGCGGCACCCCCUUCGCUUAGGCCACGGCCGGUCUUUCUCCAGGCUGUCCAUCCAGGCCAGGCGCUGCCCAGUGAGAGGAGGGACGCGCCAGUGAGGUCAUCGCCAUGGCAAUGGUUCUGGUAGUUCAUGGUGGAAUGUGUUAACAUUGUUUAGUACCCAGGAAUCGGGAAUUGAUUAUGACAAUAUAUUUUCUGAAUGUAUAAUUUUCCUGUUGCUGUAUUCCCCCACUGGCUCAGGUUGGUGAUGAGAAUGUUUUGAAAAGUAACAGAUCGGUAUAUUUCAUACAGGGAUUCAAGUUGCUUUAGAUCCCACAGGUGGAUCAAUGCCCACAAAAGUGCAAUUACCGUUCGGUCCCCUCACCUGGCUCACGUUUUCAUGCCAAGCAAUUUCCCAACCAACAAGGCACCUGUCCCCAUCGGGUCACACACUCUAGGCGAGCCGGGUCAGGUUCACUGCCAGACCUCUGCCCUGUGCAGCUCAGUGAGAACAGGAGCCACCAGUUGUCAGUCACAGCAGCCAACACAUUUCUCAAUGUGCAGUUCCUAGCUGCUUCUCACAUGUUGAGUCUUGUCACCAGUUGACAUAUUCUGACACACACAGCUUUCUCUGAAUUCAGAGGAAAUCGGUGUACAUCCGAGUGCCCGGUCAGAGGUGCAGAACUCACUUCCAUCGCUGGGGAGGCAGACAUGCCUCCAAACCAGAGAGACCUGGUGGGAGGAGAGAACCGAAGUGAAGGACGUGAAGACCUCUGGGUCUGGGUCUCGGUCUCCAGAGAAGGGAAGAAGCUUAAGAAGCAUAACAGCUUGGUCCUCGAACGUCUCGUAAGUCAUAUUUUACCAAGGGUAAAGCUUCUGUGUUUUCAGAAGUUCUGAAUUCAGAAAAAGAAUGUGUAUGAAAAGAAGUCACUGCCUGGGAAAAGGUUCCCUAGGUUUUUUGCCUGAGGCUUCUGGAAAAAAAAAAAAAAUGUGAAGCGUGAGUGAUGUAGAUGUUCCCCUUGGAAUAAUGUGAAUCUUUCUGUAACGUAUAGAGUGUUGUCACCUGGGGCUUUUCUCUGAAGUGCAAGUAUUCCAGGUGAUAAUUUAAGCUGCUUGAUCCCACUUAUUUGUACAAAAUUGAUUUUUAUUUAAUGUUAAUGUUUUCUUGAUUAGUCUUAUAUAACCUCAGAAUUAAAAAGGCUUCAAGGGAAAUUAAAGGAUUUAAUUGGAGGAGUUAAUGUGUACACUUGAAUUGAUAGACGCGUCUGUCAUCAUCAUUGAUCUCUUAAAGUUAUUUGUGUGGCAGUCUUACUGUGCUGAUAUUUUAAAUAAACUCGGUAUUUUAAAGUA